AUGGAGGACUAUCGUAUACUCAAUGGAUAUCAGAUUGAUGUUCUCUCUACUGAGUACUUAGUGUUACUCACUCUCAGUGUGAUUGGGAGUUUUUCUGUGCUGGUAGUUUCCAUAGUGAGAUGGAGGCAUCUUAAAGAACAGGUGCACCUCCUGGUGCAGCUCGCCCUAGCAGACCUCCUGGCUGCUCUGAUACUGUUGUCCAGCAGUGUCAUGAACAAAGUGAACAUUGACAACAGUGAAGUCAUCUGCCAAUACAUCCUGCCUCUGUCACUGACAUUUAAUUUUAUUUCAUUUCUGCUGGUGGUGGUUUAUGCAUGGAAGUCAAAGAACGCAAUCCAAGGGUGGAGAGCAGAGGAUGAGGGUGGACAGACUUGGUGUAGAAGGAGAAUAGUCGCAGUACCUGUAUAUGCCAUUGUGUGGUUGUUUCCUAUUGCAAUAUAUUUAUCAUAUGUGCUCACUUCCAUAAAAACGACAUCGCUGAUUCCAUUCACUGACCAAAGGAUGGUUCGUAAUGAUAGCAAAUACUGCACUAGUUGUAUAUUGUUCUUGCAUGUCUGGAGGGAUUACUGCUCUAAGGAUGAGAGAAAUCAUGACAUUUCCAUCGGAGUCUUUCUUUUCCUUGUCGUGAUAGCAGUGAUGUUGUCUUGCUCUGUCAUUUACUAUAAGGUUGGUAAAUGGUAUGAAAGAAAUGACCAGGAAGGGCUUUUUCCUGUGGAGGGAGAUGGACGUUCAAGAAGGAGAUUCAAAAGUGUGUUUUCUAAUGCAAGAAAUAUGGUGAUAGUCAUCUUAUUCUGCUGGGCACCAGCCCUCAUUCUGCUGUCUACCUUGAUGAUCUGGACAAACAUUGAACAAUACAGUCUAUUUGGCCUUUAUAUGAUACAGGCUGCUAGUGUGUCCCUGCAAGGCUUCCUGAACAGUAUGGUUUACGCCUGGAGACGUCCCAACUUCACGGAGGCUGUUCUUGGCGAGAAUACACCCCUAGUGACACACAACCGCCUGGCAUUCUUUGAUGAAUCACUAAGGAGCUCGCUUUGA